AUGAACCGCGAGUUAGCUUUUGACGUAGCUUCGAAACAACCGUUAGGAGGGUCUACGCCCGCGGCGAAAACGGGUCAGCCCAAGUCUAAGGCAGAGACACUCAGAGAUCAGGGCAAAUGGCAGCUGUAUCGAAUAAGAUUCAGUCAGGCGGAGAAGGACCGGGAGGAGAUUUUCGCCAAGCUUGAGAAUUGCAACAAAAGACUCAAGAAACUACUGCAGAUCAGCGAAGACAAUGUUGAUCUGGCCCAACAAAGAGCAGCAGCUAGAAAUCACGAAAGCAACGCAUUGUGUCGGUUCUGGCGGCAGGCCAGUAGAGCGUUCACAGCUCUUUCUAUGGUGUUGAACUGCAACUGUCGACCACAACACUCCACGAGACUGCUUUUGGAACACCGGACGAACACACCGACUGACUUCCGCCUUUUAUACUCCAAGAGCCCCCAGAAACCUCAAGAGGUACGGAGGAUCAGGGUCACUGAGAAGAGUACAGAUCUCGACACCUCAGCUUCGAUUCAGAUCAGCCCCCGAAACGCUGGUGCCGGAAACAUGCCUGCACACAACCCAAGUCAUCGAAAGUCUACUCCGAAAGGCUCAGCCUUGAAGAAGAAUACAUCAUAUUCUGCUGGAAAUACCAGGACGCAGGCGUCGGUCACCAUCACACAAGUUGAACAGUGUCCGUCUCCCGUAGUUGGCUCCUCGUCUUUAGCCCAGCCCAUUACCGACCUGUGUCGGUCACUCGAAUGCUCUAAUGGCCAAUUAUGUGGCUUCAUCGCCGAAGAAGACUAUCGAUAUUACGUCUACCAAGAGCCUUCAGUACCGAAUCGAUCAAACUCACCCAGAACCAUCACUCUCGACGGACUUCUGCAACAAGACGUACUACCUUGCCCAACGAGACGACAAAGAGUUGCAUUAGCCUUCAUCCUAUCAUCAUCCUUCUUGCAGCUUCUGGAAUCGCCGUGGCUGUCGACCACUUGGCGGAAAUCAGAUGUUGUGUUUUUCGAGGACGCUGCCCACCCCGGAGUUUUCAAACUCGACGAGCCCCACCUCGACAACUGCCUCCAAAGAAGAUCAGAACCCACUCCUUCAACGGAAAACAGCCGCAGGAUGCAACUGUCCGCUUCGCUGGAAGUGCUUGGCAUCGUUCUUUUGGAGCUGUGCUUCGGGAAACUCCUGGGAGAGCAGCCCUGCCGCCUCAGAUAUUCCGACACGGGGGAUAGCACCAUCGAGAGGGCGCUCGAUGUACAAGCUGCACGGGAGUGGCACGGAGAAAUAGAGGAGGAGGCUGGAUUCGACUAUUCCGUUGCUGUGGGCUGGUGUUUGGGGGGGAUGCUCAGCACACCACCGGACCGGUGGAGAGAGGCCAUGCUUGGAAAAGUCGUUCAUCCCUUGGAGUCAUGCCACAAGUAUCUACAAUAG